UCCUCACUAGCUCACUCCACAGUCCACUCCUUUCCCCGCUGCCACUCCUACCGCGUCCCCGGAGCUAUGAAGGCCGUCGUCGACCACCACCACGGCCCCCACUCCCCCACGCCGGCGGCGGCGACCAAGAUCUCGAUCCCCAUCUCGUCUGGCGAGGCGGCGCUGUUCGGGAAGGGCAGGUACAAGGCGUGGGCCCUCGCGGCCAUCGCGCUCCUCGCGCUCUGGUCCAUGUUCGCCGCUUCCGUCACCCUGCGCUGGUCCUCCGGGUCCGGGGAGCUCGCCGCCACGUUCGCGGACGCGAGCGAUCCGCUCAUCGACGAACUUGAUCCCCUUGACGGGACGGGGCACUCGCGCACCGUGCAGGGCGCCGUCGACAUGGUGCCCGCCGGCAACCCGCGCCGCGUCAAGAUCCUCGUCAGGCCCGGCGUGUACAGGGAGAAGGUGACGGUGCCGAUCACGAAGCCGUUCGUGUCGCUCAUCGGCAUGGGCACCGGCCGCACGGUGAUCACCUGGAACGCCAGGGCGGCGGACAUCGACCCGUCCGGCCACCAGGUCGGCACCUUCUACUCCGCCUCCGUCGCCAUCGAGGCCGACUACUUCUGCGCCAGCCACAUCACCUUCGAGAACUCCGCGCCGGCGGCUCCGCCGGGGGCGGUCGGCCAGCAGGCGGUGGCGCUGCGGCUGUCCGGCGACAAGACCAUGCUCUACAGGUGCAAGAUCCUGGGGACGCAGGACACGCUGUUCGACAACAUCGGCCGGCACUACCUCUACAACUGCGACAUCCAGGGCUCCAUCGAUUUCAUCUUUGGGAACGCAAGGUCCCUGUACCAGGGGUGCACGCUGCACGCGGUGGCGACGGGCUACGGCGCCAUCGCGGCGUCGCAGCGGAGCUCGCCGGCGGAGGACUCCGGGUUCUCGUUCGUGGGGUGCCGGCUCACCGGCUCCGGCACGCUGUACCUGGGCCGGGCGUGGGGCAGGUACGCCAGGGUCGUCUACUCCUACUGCGACCUCAGCGGCAUCGUCUUGCCCCAGGGUUGGAGCGACUGGGGCGACCGGUCAAGGACAAAGACGGUGCAGUUCGGGGAGUACAGCUGCACGGGCCCAGGGGCGAGCACGAGGCAGCGGGUGCCUUGGUCCCGGGCGCUCACCUACGAGGAGGCGCGGCCGUUCCUCGGCCGGAGCUUCAUCAACGGCGAGCGGUGGCUCAGGCUGUAGAGCCAUCCAGCUCGGCGGUUCCUCGGUCGGAGCUUCGUCGACGGCGAGCAAUGGCCCAAGCUGUAGAUCCUGCAAGUUCUUCAUCGCACUCCUCUCUCUUCGGUCUUGUUCAGUGCAGAUAAUGUACCUAGCAGCAGCUUAGUCAGUAGACAUGUACGGUGUACCAUACACUACCAUGUAACAAACCUGACACGUCCAUAUAUGUGGUGAGAUACUGAGAUGGGGUUUGUUGGCCCCGUCCAUCAUGGCAAAAGGUGAAGAGUUCGCAUGUCAUGGGAAGGGAA